AUGAGUUUUCUUAUGCUCGCAUUAAUUCUGGCCGCAUGGGUAAGCGCAGACAUAACCGUUUUGAGUCCAGAAUUGAGAACGGAAAUCCUUGAAGAGCAAAAGUUUUUCAAAAGAGAUACUGUUGAUGAAGUGCAACCAAUGGGAGACUCCAUCGAGGAGGUCAACACGAAAAGCGGAGUUGCAGCAAAGCUGUUCCAGGGAGAUAUUGUUCUUUCGAAGGAGCAAAAGGAUCAAAUUGCUGCAGAUAUUAGUAGAGCUCGUUCCAAAAGGCAAGCCUACAAUGACCAAACCUUCCCCACCUUGAAAUGGUCUAACGGAGUUGCUUACAUGUUCUGGGAAUUAGAUAAGAAGACGAAAAGUUCCUUUGAGAAAGCAGCGAAAUUAUGGAUGGAUGACACGUGUAUCAACUUCACAGAGUAUAAACCGUACGAGAUGACACCACGUGAGACUUUUCUUAUUUAUUACCUCAUCAACAGAUACCAGUUGCUGGGGUUCCGAAUCAUCUAG